AGCGGCGAUGGAGCCAGCGGAGCCCCCAAACGAGUUGGUGUCAGCCGAGGGCCGAAACCGGAAGGCGGUGCUGUGCCAACGUUGUGGCUCUCGCGUGCUGCAGCCAGGGACCGCUCUCUUCUCCCGUCGACAGCUUUUCCUUCCCUCCAUGAGAAAGAAGCCAGCUCUGGCUGACAGCAGCAACCCUGAAGGCGAUCUCCUCCAGGAGCACUGGCUGGUGGAUGACAUGUUCAUCUUUGAGAAUGUGGGCUUCACCAAGGAUGUGGGCAACAUCAAGUUUCUGGUCUGCGCAGACUGUGAAAUUGGACCCAUUGGCUGGCAUUGCCUCGAUGACAAGAACAGUUUCUAUGUGGCCUUGGAACGGGUUUCCCAUGAGUAACUGAGGGGAUGGGGACUCAGAUCCACCCCAAGUAUAAAAGCUCUCCCCACAAGAACUGGCGUUGGACCUUUGUAACUCCUGUGCUGCCUUCUCUGUACUAAUACAAGCAGCGAGCACCAACACCUCCACUGGAGCACGCACAGGGCCAGGCCUCCUUCCUCCGCGCCCCCUGCAUGCCUCGGGCCAGGUCCACAUGCAUAACGCGUCCUGAUCCCCCUUUCCCCUCGUUUUAAGACACUGUCAUACCUCCACAAAUCUAGUCUCGUCCCUGGCGCUCUGCCGAGGCUCUCUUUUACCCAGGACUUGCUUUUGUUUUUUUCUUGCUCUAGAAGAGCAGUAUUCAACUUUUUAGCCAUGACAUGACAAAAGAUGCUCAUGUGCUGAUAGUUGAAACUCCAUCUUUUUCUCUCAUUCAGGAAAGCAUACGGGGGCUGGGGACAUAGCUUAGUAGGUAGAGGGCUUGCCUCGCAUGCACAAGGCCAGUGGUUCAAUCCCCAGCACCACACAAAAAAAGAAAGAAAGAAAGCAUACGCGUGCUGGGCACAGAUUACGACUGUAAUCCCAACAUCUCGGGAGGCUGAGGUAGGAGGAUCAAGGGUUCAAAGCCAGCCUCAGCAAUGGUGAGGCACUAAGCAACUCAGUGAGACCCUGACUCUAAAUAAAAUUCAAAAUAGGGCUGGGCAUGUGGCUCAGUGGUUGUGUGUCCUUGAGUUCAAUCCCCAGUACCCCCUCCAAAAAAAAAAAAAGGCAUACACAUAUCUGAGACAUACUGCUUUGUGGCUAACCUUGUUAUCUACAUUAAUUUAUUAUUUCUAAAAGUAAAACAUUUACAGACUUCAGUAUUUAAAUCAAUAAUGAGAAACACAUUACUUUGGGUACAUCUCUAAUAUCAUGUUUGAGAAUCUUUGCUCUGGGUGGACACUGGUAUUUUAUUGCAAAGAUGGAUGUGGCCCCUCUUUCCUUCAAAAGUUAAUGGGGUUUCUCCUUUUAUUGGCUCCUCAUACCUACAUCCUGUACAUUAGCCUCAGACUGUCUACCCCAUCUGAGCCACCCAAGGGAAACAAGCUUGACAGUUAACCAGCCUCUCCUGGAGACUGGAGGAUAUGGGAUAUAUGAGGGAAAGGCCUUUGCCUAUCUCCUCUGGACAGGUAACUUUAUUCCCUUGUUCUUAGGACAGACUUCUAUAAUAGAUAGCAUCAUGAUUUACCAGACAUGCUCAGUGUGUUCCUCAGAGUUUUGAUUCAAAAGAAUCUCCCUACCAAUCCAGAAUACAGAUUUUUCCCACCAAUAUGCCUCUUCUAUUGCUAUGGGGUUGCUGUGUUUGAUACUAGCAAGCUUAAGUAUUCACCAUGAUUUGCAAAUAUUCUGUCCUUUCUUUUCUGAAAUGACUUACUUUCUUAAAGGGAUCUGUAUGACUAAAUAUUAGGUGUCCUCCGAGCGACCCCACCUCCAGAGGCCUAACAUUGAAAUUAGGACUAAGUCCCUUCCUUUGCAUCUGUUGCUUCUUUCUCCCUUCAUUCCAGAACUUUCUAAGGACUUCCCCACUAAAGUACAGGCCUUGAGCAUAGUUUUGCAACUAACCUACUUGCUUAGAAAGGUGGCUUCCUUCCCCAGUCAGCUUGAAUGAGCUCCAGUAGAAACAGAGAACUUUUCCUGACAUAUGGUCAAAUGUCCAUUAUUAUGAGAUUUCAUGAACAAAUGAGAAUUACCCACUCAUGUCAGAGGAACAAAACCAAAUAAUUGCCCCUAGGGACAUGGGGCCGUUCACAUCACAAGUCAAAACCUAAGCUCAGCAUUUUUUAAAAUUAGCCUUUAACUUUUCUUUUUUUUAAUUGCAAAAAAACAGUAUAUGUUUGUUAAAAUAAAAUUUUAAAAUGGGUGUAAUUUUUUUUCAGUUAAUUCAGACUUCUACCAUCCAGAGAUUACCAAUGAUAAUGCCAAGGAUAUACAUAUCCUUCUCAUUGUUUUUAUAUGUAUUUAUUACAUGUACAGUUUUUAAAAGAAAUGUGAGUUCAUACUGUACUCUUUUAUAACUUGCUUUUUGUUGUUGUUUAAUAAUAUAGAGUGAAGGGGUUGGGGAUGUAGCUCCAUGGUAGAGUACUUGGGUACAGUCCCCAGCACUGCAAAACAAUAAAAGGGUGAAUAUCUUCCCUUGUCAGUAGCUACCCAUCCAUGUACACCAUUAUUAUUAUUAUUAUAUUCUAUUGUAUCACUUCACUAUAAUUUAUUUCUAUAACCCACUAUUAGGUUGCCUGCAGUUUUUUAUAAUUGAUGAUAUAAUUCUAUAUCCCACUUUUUUUUUUUUUUUUAAAGAAACUGUGGUAUUGGGGCUGGGGAUGUGGCUCAAGCGGUAGUGCGCUCGCCUGGCAUGCAUGCGGCCCGGGUUCGAUCCUAAGCACCACAUACGAACAAAGAUGUUGUGCCCGCCGAAAACUAAAAAAUAAAUAUUUUAAAAAAAAAGAAACUGUGGUAUUUAUUUAUUUAUUUAUAUUUAUUUUUUAGUUUUUGGCGGACACAACAUCUUUGUUUGUAUGUGGUGCUGAGGAUCGAACCCGGGCCGCACGCAUGCCAGGCAAGCGUGCUACCGCUUGAGCCACAUCCCCAGCCCCAUAUCCCACAUUUUUUUAAAUUUGUUUUUGGCAGUACUGGGGAUUGAAACCAAGGCCUCACACCUGGUAGGCAAGGGCUCUACCAUUGAGCUACAUCUGACCUUUUAUUAUUUUAAUUUGAGCUUGGUCUCGCUAGACUGUCCAAGCUGCCCUCACCUCCCAAAUAUCUGGGAUUACAGGCGUGCACCACCACACUCAGUUUGGAUCCACACUCAUAAUUAUUUCCUUGGCAUUAUGAGAAGUGGAAUUGCAGGGUGUGCACAUUUCCAAGGCUUUGCUGUUUUGACACCUGUUCCUCAAAAAGCUGUGCUAAUUUACCCUCUUCCGGCAGAAUAAAAGAGCACUCACUUUCUGACCCUUACGAACACUGGGUAUUUAUUAUCAUUAAAAAAAUGUUUUGCCACUUUGAUAGAAAAAAAUAGUAUAUUGUUUUUAUUUGCAUUUUACUUCUAAUGAAAAUUUUAUACAUUUAUUUGUUACUUGUUUUUCCUGUUUUUAGAAUUGCCAAACAUUGUUGCACUAGUAACCAAAAAUAUUGAGUUGACUAUUCUACCUUUUCAGUUUGAUUUGAAAAAAAUAAAAGAAUUUAAACAGUGGAAA